GCGACAUGCCAGCCAGGCCACCCACACAAUUCCCACUUAGGGGCGUAUAUAUUGCCAGCAUCUUUGGCUACACUGUAGCAUCUGGUGGUUGCACGGUCACUCACGCGGUUGCUACCAACCACCGCUGGUCUUGCUGCUCCGGUGAAUUCACAUGAUUGCGCAAACUCAUCGGCAUGCGACAUCACCAGCACAGAAAUAGUCCGCAGCACAGAAGUAACAAACUCAUUUCACAUACCAGGCACGUCACGAAUUAGUCGCCAGGAAGCCGAACACAAUUUGCUCCCACCUAUCCACCCAAAUCUGCCCUACUCACUUGAUCACCACUAUUCAUUCUCCCUCCUAGCAGUGCACAGGUGACAUAGCAAACCAGUGACCAGACUAUCAGUACUCAUUUCUUCCCACAAACCACCCAUUCCCGCGCCAUGAACUUUCCUGGCUUCGGCAGCGUGGCCCUCACUGACUGGCCCGUGAUCCUCACCUCGUUCCUCCUCGCCUGGCUCGAGUUCCUCAUCUCCAUCAUCGCACGCUUGCUUCCUCAAAUAGUCAUCGACUUGUGCACAGCCAUAACCACCGUGUUGUACAACGCGGUGACCACCAACCCGCUCCUGUUGAUCAAGAGCCAGAAGGUGGGCCACUACAACACCAACGGAGUCCUUUCAGAGGAUGCCUACUACCGCAUGCUCGACUUGUUGCACGCCACCAACGUCCAGGAAAUGUGCCUGGUGUUCGGAUACACCGUCGAGAACCGGAUAGUCCGCACCAAGGACGGCUACUUGUUGACCAUCCACCGCAUCAGCUCCACCAGGCACACGGCUCGUGUGCCCAACGGCAAGGUGGUAUACUUCCACCACGGAUUGUUGAUGAACAGCGAGAUAUGGCUCACCAUGUUGGACAAGUACUCCAACUUGCCGUACGUGUUGUACGACCUCGGCUACGACGUGUGGUUGGGCAACAACAGAGGCAACAAGUACAGCCAGAAGCACUUGGUGCACAAGCUCCUGAGCGAACUGUUCUGGGACUUCAGUCUCGACGAGUUUGCGUUGUUUGACAUUCCCAGUACCAUCGAGUUCAUUCUCAACGAGACCUCGGCAAAAAAGCUCACCUACAUCGGGUUCAGCCAGGGCACUGCCCAGUCGUUCGCCAGCUUGUCGAUCAACCCCCAGUUGAACCACCAGAUCGACCGUAUUAUCGCGAUUUCUCCAGCCACUACUCCCCACGGGCUCUACUCCAAGUUCCUUGACAUACUCCUCAAGUCUUCACCCAACAUCAUGUACUUGUUGUUCUCCAGAAAGACAUUGAUGCCAUCGGUGGUUUUCUGGCAACAUAUCAUGUAUCCUCCGUUGUACAACAUCAGCAUAGACAUCCCCAACUAUAUUCUUUUCAACUGGAAAUCCACCAACAUCACGAAGUACCAGAAGAUCAGCAGCUACGCCCACCUCUACUCUACUACAUCCGUCAAGAGCGUGGUGCACUGGUUCCAGGUCAUGUCGUCCAAGAACUUCCAAAUGUACCACGACCUGGGCUCCAACAGGUUCACGGGGUUGAAUCCAAUGAGCUAUCCUCUCGAGAACAUUGAUAUUCCCAUCAAUUUGAUUUACGGCUCCAUUGACUCCUUGGUGGAUAUCGACGUCAUGAAGGCACAAUUGCCCAAGGAACAUACCACCGCCCAGGCUGUGGAAAGCCACGAGCACUUGGACAACAUCUGGGGCGAAGAUGUGUACGACUCCGUCUUUAGCCAUGUAUUCCGUUACUUGGGAGAGGAAGACGUCACCACUAGGUUGUUGAAGGAUAACCACGACUCGGUAAAGUUGAUCGAGGACAUUCUUCCCAACGACGAGGACGAGGAGACUCUCAACAACCUGCCAUUGAACUACUUGAAGGCAGAUGCAUACCACCAGCCCACAGAUACAGCGCAUGUUUAUUCUAGUGGAGUCAAGACAAAGCCCCACCGUAGUUUGUCUACGGGAGGCUCUGUUUUCAUCUAGAAAAACAAGCACUACCUUCUGAUUUACUGGCUAAGUCACAAGCAUUGUGCCACCUAUAUAGCACUAGCUUCUACUCAAUUACUAAUUAUUUCCAAGUUGAAUAUUUUGAUGGACAAUUCUGGUUAUUUGCACUGGGGAAGCCUCCAUCAUCAGUAUAAUACGGUAGACGACACAACUGGCGCAAACCACUACCUCCAGUCAACGUAGAACUAUACACUGUAGUACUUAUUAGAAUAACGGACCAAAG